AUUUGUGUUGAACAAAGACAUAAAGACGCGCGAACAUCACCCGAUGUGGCAGCGCCGAUCUUCUUGAGACUUCAACAUGGAGUAAUGGCUAGGCGUGCAUAGCUCUAAAGAACGGCUCCAGCUUCGCCCGAAAUUCGAUUUUGCGCGGAGCAACGAAUACAUUUCACACCCAAAAUGAAGACGUCGUCGUCUUUGCUCCCCGAAGACUCCUCUGCAUCUAGCGACGUGAAAAAGCUUCCUUCCCGCCUCAGCGUCGACAUGAAUGCCGCCAGGAGAGGCACCACCAAGCCUAUGGCUGUCGGUCCAUCGCCCUCCACGUCGUCGUCGUCCUCCUCUUCUCGGGAUCUGUGCAACGGCCUCGAAGCAAUGCGGGCACGAAUACGGAAUUUGCACCAGCAAUACGGAGAUUCUCUGGAGGAGGUGGAGGCAAAUCUGUCGCGCAUGGAUUUUGCAGAUGUGGAGUCGAGUCGCAGUCGCGAGCAGGGGAACCCCGGCACAGUUGCAGAAAAGGCCAACUUUUCGGCCGGCGGGUCUAGCGGAAGAGUAGCGGGUCUUGCAAAUGACAAGCCUUUGGCAGCCACGCAGGCGGAGGUGGACAGGAUGAACUCCCUUAUCCGCGCCAGUCGCGAGAGCGAUAGGAGCAGCCGAAGUGGCAACAAACCUGUAAGCGAUUCUGGACACACGGAUGUCGUACCGCGCAGCAGGGGCACUGGUGUCGGGCAUAUUACACCAGGUGCGGUCAGCGCGCAGCGGUCGUCCGGCGAGCUGCGUUUGAGUAAUCAGAAGAGUGCCAGUUUUGCCAAGAGCAACGGGGACCUCCGCUCGCAAAACAACGCAGCGUCCAACGGCGUUACUUCGCUGUUAUCCUACCUGGACACGGUAGACCAAGAGAACCAGCAGGACCUGGCGGCAAUCGACCGUCGCAGCGAUUUGCGGCAGAGCAGCGCGGCAGAGGUUGUUGCAGACCGUCUUUCGCUUCUGGAAAUCGAACUGACCGAUAAGCGGGAAACGGUACAGAGACUCAGACAGGCCCUGGACAGGCAAAAAAAGGACGCUGCCGAACGGGAUCUCCAACUGCAAAAGGUACAUCUAAUCUGCAUGUUCUUUACUCCUCACCUCGUCGACGGACACCUGGCAUGGAAAUCGCAAAGUCACUUUCCCUUACUAGAGCACUUUUCGUGAAUUUGGAAUAAGAGUGUUUUUUUACCAACAGGCCUCUGCAGAUCAGCUCGCGGCGCAAAAGAAGGAAUGCGAUGAGCAGGUGGAGCGGCAGUUGGUGCUAUGCGACCGCUUGCUGAAGGAGAAAACGGACUUGACAAAGCGCAUUUCGAGCUUGGCCGAGGAACUCAAAACUGCAGAACGGAAAUUUUCGAAAAAGGUUGAAGAGCUGCAGGAGGGUAUGAUUGUGUGUUUCGCUCUUCCUUCACCGGUAUAGAUUUCCUGAUAGUGUCGAUCGAAGUUAGCUCCGUGCGUCAGUGGCGAACUAGCACACAAAAUCAAACAAUGUCAAAGUAUUCAAAAAUCCUAAAUUAACAGAUCACGCGAAGGAUGUCGCACGUCAAAAGCAGAACUGGGCAACGAGUGAGCGUUUGCGGCGGGAGAACUGGGAAAAGGAAAAGACAAAAGAGAUCAAGGAGAUCACUAUCAAGGGAUUGGAGCCCGAAAUCGAGCGGAUAUUGAGCGCUCACAGGACGGAAAAGAAGCGCAUCGAAGAGCAGCACCAAGUGGAAAAAACUGAAUUGCAGUCCGAUUUGGAACGAAGGUAGGUAGUGGAACCCAACAAGAUUGUCCUCCUACUGUUUUUCUUUUUUACAAUCUCUACAACGUGAGUAUUGAGUACCACAUCAUCUGCCGCAAACGGGUUUCCCACGCACAGAAAACAUGAUCAGAAGAGAACAAGAAUCGAUAUUCAGGUAUGAGCGUCGAUUGCAGGAAGCUCGCGAAGCAUCGCGGCGGGAAACGGACCGGUUACUGGAAGCGGAGCAAGACCGGCAGCGGGCCAAACUGGACGAGAAGACGGGGCAAAUCAGCAAGACGCACCAGGACGAGCGCAAGCGGCACCUGGAAGACGUGCGGCAGAUGCAGGAAACGUGCGACAAGCGGGUAAACGAGCUCCAGCUGCAUUGGGAGAAGCAGCUGCGCGAGCUGCAACAGAAGUUCCGUUCGGAGCUGGACGCAAAAGACGCGGACCUGCAACAGCUCAAGCAGAAAGCGCGACAGGAAUUCGAACAGGAAGAGAAGGAAUUGCGAGAAAAGCUGCGGCUCGACGGUGAGGCGACGCGAACCAAAUUAGAGGAGCAGUUCACCGCACGGGUAAAACAAGCCGAAGUGGACAUUCGAGCGGAGGUACAAAAAAAGCGAGACUGGGAAAUCGAGCAAUUGACAACGAGGCUCGGAAAGGAGCAGCUGGACCUCGAGCGGCAGUUCGCCACGAAACUAGAGACGGAGAAGACCGUAUCGAGGGAGAAAAAUGUGGCGUGGUCAUGCUGGAACUACUAAUUAUUCGACGAGCGCAAAUAAUAUUUACGACCAAACAAUCUUGAUCAAUCUAUCACCAACAUCGGUAGGCGUAGUCUACCUUUGUUCCUGUUUCAUUCACGCAACAAUAUUUUUCUCAUGCAUAGUCCGCAUUGUGGGACAAGAUGGCCGCGGAGCACGGCGCACUGUCCGCAAAGUUGACGGCCGCCAUGGAGGCAACCGCCAGCGCGGAGGUCCGACUGCUGGAGGCAGAGAAGACGCGGAACGACGCCGACACGAGCAAGGACUUGGUCACGACCGAGCUGGUGGAUGUCAAGGACCGACUGGCGCACGCGCUGCGCAAGGCGGACCUGGCGGAGAGCCAGAAACAGGAAGUAAACAAGCAGCAGCAAAUGCAGGAAGUGCAGCAUGACCGCGAGGUUCAACUCUUGACCGAGCAGUUGAAGUCGUCCCAAGCCGCUCUCGCGGACGCGGAGCAGGCCAAAGCUCUCGGCGAGAAGGCGAGCGCCGAGCGCGAGGCCGAAAGCGCACGCGUGCUGGAGGAACGGGUCCGCAGCACGCUGGCGAAAAAGGACGGCACCAUCGAAGACCUGAAGCGCCGACUCAGCUCGAAGGACAACCAAAUCAAGGAAUGCGAAUUCAUGUUGCAGAAACAACGCGAGGAGCUCCUUUCUGGGUUGUGACUGCGAGAAAUAAGUAGCGAUUUCUGUACUUGUGCUGUUAUGCAAAUCGAGACAACAUCUCUCAGUUGCAGUACUUACUCACACAAUGUUCCACUUCUGCCACCUCUGCAAUUCGAUGACGAUGGGGUUCCAUUUAUCAACGAUCCUAUAUCAUUUGCAAAACGGCGCACACACAGAAUUUGAAAAUUGAAAAAGCACGGCAAC